AUGACGGCUGCUGUGACGGCCGUGGCCUCUGCCGGAGCCGAGCAGCUGCAAGAGCCGCUCCGACUACUCACGGCGCGACGUUCAUCCUCUAACAACAACAACACCACCACCAUCACCACCAUCACUUCAACAACAACAACAGCAACACUUGGGGCCACGCAUGCGAACGAGACGGAUGUGCAAACCUCCACGGAGUUUAUUGUUGUUGUUGUUUGGUUGUUGGAGGGGAACGUCGGUCGCGUUGCGUUGGCUCGGAGGCGUCCCGCGCCAUCGCCAGCCAUGGGCCGCGCCCGUAAGGCGACUCCGAGCGGAAUGCCAGGCAGCACCGGCGACGCGCACGCAACUCCAGCCGGGCAGCGCAAGGGAAGCAAGCGAACUCCGGCAGCAGGGCAGCAGCAGCAGCAGCCACGGCCACCGUCACAGCAAGGCAGGGAGGCCUCGCUUCCUUCAUCCCUUCUCGGGCAGCAGCAGCAUGCAAACCUUGCUGCUGCAGACACCAGAAGAAGCGGCCCUCGGCUUCGUGGCGCUUCCCGCCCGCCGGUCAAGAGAGCUCUAAAAGAACCGCAGCAGCAUGGGCCCAAGGUCAAAGGUGGCGAGGGGAGCCCCGCGGUGAGCAACGGCGUCGGCACCGUCAAGGGCUCUGGGGCCAAGGCAGGCCCCGGGCCGUUGCCUGUGGAUAGUGGGGGCGGCCGCGGGGCCACAGAGGGGCCAGACGCAACGCAGAAGAAGCCGAGGCGGCAGUGGGAGCUGUGGAGUGCCGAGGAUAAGAACACCUUCUUCCAGAGCCUCUUCGAGCACGGCAAGGAUUUCGAGGCGAUCCAGAAUGACAUCGCGAAGCGCUACAUGAAGAAAGGCCACCCUGCUGCGGGUGCAGUGAAAAACAAGGAACAGGUCCGCCACUUCUACUACCGCACGUGGCACAGCAUCUCCAAGCACAUAGACUUCGAGAAUGUUUUCUGCCGUGGGAUGGCGAAGUCUUCCCAAGAGCUCUACGGGCUCAUUUGUUACGGCGAACUGCGCAAGAAGAUGGGUGGAUGUAUGCACGACAGGAACUCGGCGAAGCUGAACGAGCUCAUUCAGCUCGGUGUCACUACGCUGCGCCACAAUGGAAGAAAGCUGCGCAUCAAGGCCCCCAUGUGCCGGGCGCUCAAGAAGAUCUGCGACCCUUACGGCAUGAGUGACGAGAUAGAGCAGAAGAGGCUCAAGUUGCCCACCAAGGUUUGCGUGGAGCUGCAGCCGCGCACCAACAGCGCCUGGACGCGCGUGCAGAGCGUGGCGCACAACCCUCGCCUCCGGAUGAUGGUGGAGCUCCACAGGAAGGUCUCCCACCUCAUCGAGUUCCUGAAGGAGAAGUGGGCGCCCAAGGAGACAAGAGUUCGUAUCUCCUUGCUGCAGCAGCAGCAGCAACAACAACAGUCAGGCGAAGCAAAGGCACCUACGACAUCUUCUUCCACAAUGACGUCGACCUCGACAACGACUUCAUCCUCCUCAAUGGUGACGUCAUCGUCCUCUACGACGACGUCUUCGACAAUUUCGUCCUCAACGACGUCAUCGCGCUCGACGACGACGACUACGUCAUCGCCGUCAACGUCCUCGACGGCGGCAGCGACACCGGCGGUUGCGGGUUGCCUCCCACCUGUGGAAUCGUCGCCGCCCGACGAGCGUCCUCAGCUGCGGCUGUUCCCUCCGGAGGGGGUGGUGGUGUCGCCGCUGCCAUGCGUGGCGCGGGUGCGGCACAGCCGCACGAUGUGCACGGUGCACUGGCAGGAGCAGAGCCGUGUGCGCGAGCCCUACGUGCCGCCGCAAGCGCAGCUGAUGCGUUCGAGGCCGCAGCUGCUCGCCGCUUCACUUCCGCAGCCGAUGCCACUGCCGCCAGCAGCGGCGGUUGUGGUGUCCGCAUCCGUUGCCAAGAACGGGCCGGUCCCUGGUCCUGCUGGUACGACGGGGAAGGGGCAGCGGGGGUCCCGUGCUGGGGCAUCGGGGCAGGAGGGAGGGGGGGCAGCAGCUCGCAUGCGGGAGGUCAGCAUGGCUGAGCCGGCGGGGCCCUGCGUGGAGAAGGAGGCGUCCGGGAUGACGCAGACAGCGACGGUGGAAGCGUCAAGCGCGACCACGCAAGCAGCAGAACCGAUGGAGGUUAGUGAAAAGGAUCCAAGCGGUGGCUACACCGCUCCACGCGAUCCCGCCGACUCCGAGCCGGACGUAUCGAGCGCGGAACCGGAAUCAAAACCAGAAGUUAGCACCCGCUUGCAGCUGGUGCUGAGCCCGGUGACGAACUACGAGGAAUACUCUCUGAUGGACCCCGUCCCACGCUACCUCAAGAGCUGCCGGAGCCUCGUUAUCCCCAGCGACGAGGACGAGCGGGGUGCGCCUGCAGAGCCGGCAUCGGACCGGCUGCCUGACGAGGAGUGCUCGGUGCAGCACGGCGCUGGCGCCGGCAUCGACGCCGACCUCGCUCCGGAGGUGCUCGCGGCCACGGCAACGCUCAAUGGGGUGGAGGAAUCUUUGCCCGGAGUUGCUGACGGAUCGGCUGAGAACGGCGCCGACGCAAUUGUUGGCGGGCACUCGCCGAAACCGGCCUCUCCCGCCGAGGCCACCGCCAGUAGUGUCGCGGAGGUGGCGGCACAGGCGCUAGAAAGUGGCGGCGCCGCCAUGGACGAUAACGACGGUAAGAGGGACUGCGGGACUCCGGCAGUAACUCCGGCGGCCAAACACAAGCAGCUUCCGGAGCCUCGUGGUGGCGGCGGCAAGCGCGGGGCGGAGACCGCGCGGCCAAGGUCCACGCCCGACCCUCGCAAAGAGGAGUCUGCCGCCUUCGCCGAGAAGGUGUGGCGGGAGGGCUGGGGCGGCUCCAAGACGCUCACCCUCGCCGAGGUGUACGUGACGCUCGGCAAGCCCGAGAAGCUGCUCCUCGAGUACGAUUGGGUUAUGCCUCAGCUGCCGCAGCCGCCUCCAUCUACGCUGGCCGACAAACCCACGACCGCAGAUGAGGCACAGGCACUGGAGACGGCGGCGACAGCGGCGGUAGCCGGCAAUGGUGCGGCCACGGGCCCCGUGGGCCAGACAGAGGCGGCGGUGGCGGCGACGGCGGUGCCGGCGCCAACGCCAACCGAGACCAUGGUGAAGACGGAAUCGACAGAAGUGAAGAAGCAGCCGCCUGUUGUGCACAUGCAGCGCAUGCUGAAGCGGCUCCUGCAGCUCGUGGUGCUGGAGGCCAACCCCAAGGUUCAUCGCGUGCAAUCACCCGAUGGGCUUCACUUGUCGCCUAGUAAGGCCGGCGGCGCAGAGGCGGGUGGCGGCGGAGGCACCGGCGGCAGCACCAAGAGCCCCGGAUCGGCGCGGGCUCAUCCGGCACGCGGUGCGCGUGGGUCAGCUGGCGGUGCGAGGAACGUGGCUAAACCGGCCACGGCAGCAUCCUGCACGGAGCCGGAGGCCGCGAAGACGACCGGGCGCUCGGACGACGAUCUGUUCCGAGUCCCAUCGGCGCUGCCCCCUGCCAGCCGGUACGGCCGCCCCCUGUCGCCCAGCAAGGAGGCGGAGAUCACGUUCCGGCAGCAGCUCGACUCCAUCAACCAAGCGGAGAUCUUCCUGCCCCAGCAUCGGAAGCUGCGAACCCGCAUGCUGCGCAAGCCGCUGGUUGUCCAGAGAUCCCUCAUGCCGCGCCCGGCGGGACACUCGCUGCGUCACAUGUAUUCUCUCGCCAUCGUGCCCAGCUCUUCGGUCGCAGGCACGGGGAUGUUCUCACCGUUACCGCCCCUGGCACACCCUCCCAACGACCCGAAGGCCAGCAACUUGUCGACUGCCAUCGACCUGGCCGCCAAAUCGGCGGGGAUCAUCCCAGGCAGCCCCAUCCGCGAGGGCCUGAGCGCGGUGACAGGGCCUGAGCUUUCCUCGGCGGCCUUGCCGGGUUCCGACGGGGCGGGCCAGUACGGGGGCCAGAGCGGCGGGAUCGAGCUGCCUGGCUGCCUCCAGGACACGGGAAGUGGCGGCAGUCGCCGGGUGCCGUUUGUCACCCUGUCCACGCCGUCUGAGGGGCACAACAUCACGCCUGGCGGACACUGUCUGAACUUCGAGGACGCUGGCACGUUGGCUAUGGUGGGGCCUCCGCCGAUGCCGCACGUGGAGGGGCCUCUGCUGCCGUCGCCGCCGCACGUGCCGUUGCUGCUUGAGAUCUCGCUGCCCGGCCCACCAGACGACUCGCUGUCGCAGGGCGGGCCCCACUCCCACAUCGGGGACUCCAUCAUCGAGCUCGCCAUCGGCUCGCAGCGCUACAUGACAGGUGACGGGAAGCUGAAUGGCAUGGACGGGGACAAGCCGCUUGCGUCGCCCCGCAACUGGAUGGGCUCGCCGUCGCACGAGCCGCAGUGGUUCGGCAGCGACGUGGGGGACGUGGGGGACGUGUGCCUCGGCGGCCUGCUGUCGAACUUCAGCUCGCCUGACAAGAGCCAGCGAGCGAUCCAGCUGCUGAGCCACUGCGCUGCCAACCCCGACCUCGUGGCCUCUUCGCUCCUGGAGGGGAACGUCCACGACUCGUACGCGCCGCGGCCCCACGUGACGGAGGUGAGGGCUCAGGCGGACUCGCCGCUCGCCAGCAUCAUCUGUGAGAGCGGCGUGGACUACAUUGCUCGUUUCAGCGACCUGGCCAAGGAGGUCUCCAACUCUGAGCCGUUCGCCUCCACGCACUCUUGACACCGGGCUCCUGCUCGAGCGAAGGGACAUGCCCACUGGAACCUCCCCGCUCAGUCGAUGCCACGGUGAUGCAGCCACAGCCGCCGACGGCGAGCUUCGCCGCGGUGGUGGGCGGCUGGCGUUGGAGGGCGUUGAUCAAGUGUCUCGGGCGCUGUCUUGUCGUCGUUACAUCAGUGGAAGGAGGGCGGAUCGGUGGCGGUCAUGAGCGGGCCGCUUUGAAGGCCGUCGCCUCCACGGCUCCCUCCGCUGCGAUCGAUGAUCCGAGGGGGCACGUGGCCGGUGAGGAGGGGGCGGCCGGGGGGGUCCCCAUGUUCUAUCACGUCUCUCCAGAUAAUUGUGUAUCUUUCACCUCCGAGUUAACUUAGAAUGUGAAUUUAAACUUCGUUGAGUGGUCGCCCAAGUAAGGGGCAGAUGUACAAUGUGGAGUAUCCCUGCACGCCUCCUUCCCAGCUGUGCCACAUCUCGUGGUGAAGCAGUUACAACCUGGGCAAGCCAGUCUCAUGGUGGCACAAGUUCUUAGCCAAGUGGCACUUUUGUUUCCGUCCUCUUCACCUCCAGGCUCGAGGGACCCUAUAUUUUUCACAUGCUACUUUUGCACUUGCCCCACCGUGUGUAUCAACUCGACACCAACAAUCAGUAUAUUCCUGCGUGAAGAGCGGCGAUGGCGGCUGAGCUGGGCAGGGAGGGUCCUCUCCUUCUGGGAAGCGUUGGGUUAGGGGCCAUCCAUUUCGUACGUACGAAAAAAAUCUCAACUUGACCCCUCCCCCCCCCUCCCUGUACGCACACGUACUUUUUACACCCCCCACAGCUGAAGAAACUGAACUGUGGGUCAUUUGAAGGCCAAUGUAGACAAAUAAUUAUUAUUGAGGCUUCACAUCCCCCUCCCCCCCCAUUUCCUAUGCGUACAUACAUUGUCAGUAGACCCCCCCCCAUAUGCAAGCGUACACAUUUGGGUUAACCCCCCCUCCCCCCUCCAUGCGUACGUACUAAAUGGAUGGCCCCUUAGGGAGGAGUGAUGCGUCUGGACUUGUGGAGCUGGGGUAUGAGACGAUGUCAUCAUGGGGAGUAAAAAUAAUUAGUGGCCUCUGUUCUUCAGUCCGGAGUGGGUUAUUUUAUCUUGGAGAAAAGUUAUUUCGUUGGACAUUUUCAUGAAGUCAGGUUGCUCGGGUUGUUUUAAAUGGGUGAGCGGCAUUCGAGAAUUCGCCUGAACACUUGUUGGACAAGGCUGGACUUUCACUUCAACAUUCGGCGAGCAGCCAAAAAAACCACCUCGUUACGCGAACGUGAGCCUCAGCCACGCCAUACUGGUGGCUUAAUCAAAGCCAUAUCUCUGCAACUGGUUCUGUCAAACACCUUAAAGAGAGAUGCAAGCCAAGCACCAAAGCUCUUUGUAGAUACCCACUUCGGCCGUGCAUCCUGGCCUGCCCGACACGACUUCGAAGACAUGCUAAUGGGAAGGAAGGCUUUGAAGAUGGCUUUAAUGACCGCCUCGUCACUGUGGCGUGCCAGCUGAACUCUUUAAUACGUCACUGCAUCGCUACGUCGCUCUUGGAAGUCAAAUUAAAGUCAUUUGUUUCGGGUUGCGUCUCUCGGUGACUCUUGGAAAACUGUUGGGCACCGAGUCGUUUGUAAAUGCGAUGAUUUUAAGACGUCGUAUGGCGGAGGUGGCGACCGACUCCUGUUGCUGCACCGGCCUGGCCCGACCUGGCCCGCAGCCUCGUGCAUGAUGUGGUCGCGCCGUCAACAAGUGAGAAUUGGAGGCCCGAGUACAAAGCGUUUUCCCCUCUUCUGUCGGGCCACCCGAUGCGCACGCGGGUGCGUGUGUCUGUGAAAAUGUCACUUUGGUUUCAAGAGAGUCGCGUUUCCUCAAGAGAAUGUGAAGCAAGCUACUCCCUGAGAGUUGCGAGCCAGGGCCGCCAUCCUGAGUAAUCAGUAUUAACAAGCACUCUAUUCAUUCUCUUCGUGCUGGUACAAAAGCAUUGAGGGCAUCUGCUCGUACAUUUAGAAUCGGGUUUUUUGUAUUAUGUUAGGUUCUUGGUGCAAAUACAGUGAAAUCUCGUUAAUAUUCGUGCGGGGACUGGGUAUUUUCUUAACUUGUAUUGAACUUUAAUCUGAAAUGACAAGAAAAGAUCGUGGACAACUCUGCAUGUCACCAGUUACAGUUGUCAAAUUUUUUUGUAAACUCAAACCUACCGACUAAAGAAAUUGGUGGAUUGUUUGCCUUGAGUUGACCAACGCACGAUAAAAAAAAAAUGACAUUGAUUUACAAAGUGACGUGCCCGCUUCAGUGACCUGGCCGCUCCAGUCUUGGCUGGCAACAGUUUGCAUGGCGUUGUCAUAGCCAAAUAAUUGCAAAGCGAGCACGGUCCAGUCGGCUUGGCAUCAUAUAUCAUGCUGCUGCUGCCACGAAUUUAACUACGAAUUACCACAACUUCGAAACGGCAACCUUAAGUCCGAAAUGCAUGUUAAUGUGAAAUACAUUAUUCCGGAAUAGUUUGGCGUGUCGUAAAUCUGCCGUACGUUAAUGUGGAAAUCGCCUUAAUGCGAUAGACGUUAUGACGAGAUUUCACUGUGUAGGGAAGAUGUUGUUGAGGACGAUGCAUGUAAUGUGAGUUUACCUAAACCGAGCACCGGGGUUCCGCGAUGGGCAGUUGGCAGAUAGUGCUGCAGGGAUUACUUAUAGAGGGGGGGGGGGGUGGUUCGAUGGGGUUAUUAGUGGGUUAGGCGGUGAGCAGUUAGUGGUCACAGCAAUACAAAGCCAAGGAUGUGGCCUUCUCAACUUCCAUUGCAGAAAAGCCACUCGCCAAAAGCGAGUGCAGGUUUCACUGAAUAGGAAUCGUCAGUGCGAUAUUGCCCCCCGUGACAUCUGGCUGCAGGUUUAACUCUUCCCAUUGCGGGGGUGGAGGGUUACAUCAAGCCACAACUGAACCCACGUUCCUCAGCCACAUUAGAAACACGUGCAGCGAGAUACGUGUGCAAGAAGAUCAAUGUGGGCACCGUUACGAGGUUAUAAUUUAUGUACCCCACGCUUUCCUGAUGAUGCCCGUUGCAGUGAAUCACAUGUAGAGGGGUCGUACUAAGUUAAUCGUGGUCUUCCUUAAUAUUUUCAGUAAAAAAUGUGUUUAUUUUUUAACUUAUUCUGGAAAACGCGAAUAAGCUGCCCUGUCAGCUGCGCUUGGGUGCCGUAAGGCCCCGCAAUGCGUCCGGUAUUUAUUAUAUCCCCCCCCCUCGAAUACUUCCACCAUCACCACCUCUUAAAAGUUCACGCAAGGUCGCGUGCCGUUCUGUCGGUUUUAAUUUAUUUGCGUUGGCUUCUCGACAGAUGUACAGUUUUGUAAGGAAUAGCAUUUGUACGACGAUUCGUUCUUGACACUUUACGAGUUUCGCUUUUUUUGUUUGUUUUGCAUUGAAGGAGAUUGGGGAGCGGGGUGGGGAACGGGAUGGCAAUGUUGGGAGAAUGUCAUCUUGGGAGGGGAGGGUGCCCUUGUGGAUUCUUAACACUACAAUCCCUCAUGCACG